AUGAUCGCAGCCGCUUCCUCGAUGCGCACCACUCUCCGAGCUGGAGCCCGGAUUGGUGCUCCUCGUCACCUCUCAUCAACAGCUCGAGUCAAGAACGCAUCGACAUCACUCAAGCCCGUAGCCAGGAAAGGCGGCAUCAUCCGCAAAACUCUUCGAUGGACAGGAUACACGGUCGGCUCCAUAGUCUUUGGUCUCACUGCUACCACCGCCAUCAUCCUUGCUCACGAUGCUCUCACUUACCGUGAAGCCCACGUCGACAAGGUUCCCCUGAACCCUUUGGCACUCGAACCUAAAAGAGGUGGGCCCAAGAAUCUCCCCAUCCUUUGCUCGUAUCCUGAAGAUGAGCAGGACGAGCUGAGCAAGAAGCUUGCCGGUAAAGAGCGACUCGUCAUUGUCGGAGGUGGUUGGGCAGCCGUUGGUCUCCUCAAAUCCCUCGAUCCUGAAAAGUACAACGUCACUCUCAUCUCCCCAAACAACUAUUACCUCUUCAACCCUCUCCUUCCCUCGGCCGCCGUCGGAACUGUGGAGCCUCGCUCUCUCAUCGAACCUAUCCGCAAGCUCCUGGCCCGCGUCCAUGGACACUACAUCCAAGGCUUCGCCACGGACGUCAUCAUGGGCGAUGAACAACCCGGCACGCAGCGUCUACUCGAAGUCGGCGUCAUCUCUGGCGACGACUGGGACGGCGAAGCACUCUGCGGCGGCGGAGUCACGGUUGGAGAACGCAAAGAAACCAAAGGUAAAUCCAUCUACGUUCCCUACGAUCGACUCAUUGUCGCCGUCGGCAGCGUCACCGCCUCCCACGGCGUACCCGGCUUGGAAAACUGUUUCCAUCUCAAAACCAUCUCGGAUGCACGCAGAAUCCGUUCUCAUAUCCUCGACAAUCUCGAAGUAGCCUCGCUUCCUACCACCACGCCAGAAGAACGCAAACGCCUGCUCAGCUUCGUCGUUUGCGGUGGAGGUCCCACGGGAGUCGAAACUGCAGCUGAAAUCUCGGAUAUGAUCAACGAAGACGUCUUUGAUUACUUCCCCAAAGUCCUUCGUGCACAAGCCGAGGUUCAUCUGAUUCAGUCUCGCGAACAUAUCCUCAACACCUAUUCCGAAAAAAUCUCAGAAUACGCAGAAGCCAAAUUCGCACGCGAUGCAGUCGACGUUAUCGUCAACGCCCGCGUCAAGCGUGUUGAUCCUGAUCAGGUGCUUUACACGGUCAAAGAUCCCGCCACAGGAAAGGUUACGCAACUCUCGGUUCCCUCUGGCUUUACACUGUGGUCAACGGGUAUUGCUAUGUCACCCUUCGCCAAGCGCGUUACAGAACUGCUUCCGAACCAAUCGCAUCUCAAAGCACUACAAAUCGACUCGCACCUUCGCGUAAAAGGUGCACCCCUCGGUACGAUGUAUGCUCUUGGCGACGCAUCCACGAUCGACAAUCGUCUGAUCGAUUAUCUAUACGAUUUCGUCGAUCGCUACGACGCCGACAAAGACGGCCGCUUGUCCUAUUCGGAAUUUGAAACCUUCGCCAAAGCAAUCCGACGCAAAUUCCCAAUCGCUUCCAAACAUUUCACCAAACUGCGCGAGAUGUUUGACGAGUACGAUGCGGAUAAAGACGGAAAACUCAACCUGAAUGAGAUUGCAAACGUCCUCAUCGAGACAGGCAACAAAAUGACCGCUCUCCCCGCCACAGCUCAGGUGGCAGCCCAACAGGGUAGCUAUCUGGGCAGCAAGUUGAACAAGCUAGCCAAGAGAAGAGAUCAAGGCGGAGACAUGCAUCCGCAUACCGCAGAAGAGGUGGAGGAUGUGGAUGAAGAGGUGGCUAAGCCGUUCAAGUAUACCAAUUUCGGUAGCUUGGCAUAUAUUGGAAAUGCAGCUGCAUUCGAUCUGCCAAUCCCGGGAGGCAGUUUUGCAGGCGGGCUGAUAGCAAUGUAUGCCUGGAGAAGCUUUUAUCUGAGCGAAAGUGUAAGUAUGAGGACAAGAGCGUUGUUGUUGGGUGAUUAUAUCAAGAGAGGCAUUUGGGGCAGAGACUUGUCAAGGAUCUGA